AGCGCUGGCUUGGCAGCCCCACGCCUGGGGGGAAGGGGGGCCGCCGACGCGCUUGCCGUGGUGGGGGCGCCUCGUGCGCCCCAGCAGUGCCAUGGCCUCGGCCCACGACGGCCAGGCGCGCGCCGGCGAGGCGGCGCUGAGCAGUCCGCCCGGCGCCACCAGCUCGGCCGACACCGCCACCGCCGCAGCUGCGGCUCCGCCCCCGAGGGCGGCCGGGAGCACGGCGAGCUCGCGGGUGCGGCUGGUGGAGUGCGGGACGCUCACCGCCGACAGGAAGCCGCCGUCAGACGGCAGCCGGGCAGCAAACACGCACCUGAACUGGGCGUGCACACCCUCAGGCCAGUGGGUGCGAGUGUUCUCCACUUCCACGGUGUCGCUGCCAAACCGUGAGCGUGACAAGAACCGGGUGGAGCAGACUUUGGGAUUGUCCGAGUUCGGGGACUCGGUGACGCAGUUCUACUCUGUGCACAGGACGGCUUCCCGCUGGCGAUGGGGUACGAGCGCAUCGUCUUCGGGGACCACGGGCCAUACGUGGAGCUUCUGAGUCACAACAUCUGCUGGCAGUCCUUCCCUGUAUUCUGCGAGAAGCCGGCAGCGUCUUAUUUCGACGAGUGCUGGACGCUUGAUGGCAGGACCGACGAUGCUGUACGCGCAGAAGCGGCCGGUCACCAACAAGCCCAAUCCUCCGAGCGGUCCCUUCUCUGUCCAGAACAACCGCGCCGAGGGCUACGCGAACUACCUGGUGGGCAGGUUCUACCUGUCGGCGGAGGCCGACCAGAUCGCGGUGUGCCGGCCGCCGAAGGCGAGGGUGCGCAAGAAGAAGACGGGGCAGGGCAGAGGCGCAGGC